AUGCCGUAUCAUCAUCGACUUCCAAAGGAUCUUGAGCCCGAUGUUAUCAUCGCGGGAGGUGGCCUCGCGGGAUGUGUUAUUGCGGGUCGUCUCGCUGAAGCUGACAAGAAACUGAAGAUUCUGGUCAUUGAGCAAGGCCCAAACAACUAUGGCAUGCCAGAGGUCGUGUAUCCUGCUCUUUAUCCACGCAACCUCUUCCCGAACAGCAAGAUCACCUUGUUUUGGAGAGGAAACAAGUCUGAGAAACUCAAUGGCCGCGGACCAAUUGUUCCGUCUGGAGGGACACUCGGUGGUGGAAGUGCUAUGAAUUGGAUGGUGUACACUCGGGCUCAAAGAUCUGACUUUGAUUCUUGGAAGUCGGAGGGAUGGUCUGCCGAUGAGAUGCUGCCAUUCUUGAAGAAGCUUGAGACAUACCACGGCAAAGGAGACAAGGAGAGGCACGGUGACUCCGGUCCUGUCAACAUUUCCAAGGGCACGCACGUCUCCUCUGCAUCAGAGAAUGCUUUUAUCGACUCCGCUGCUGCCCUUGGUUACCCCGAGGUGGCGGAUCUUCAAAAUCUAGACACUAAUAACGCAACCGAACGGUACUAUAAGUACAUUGGCCAAAAUGGUAGACGUCAGGAUGCGGCUCAUCGUUACCUGCACCCGAAGCUUCAAAACACCGAUGAAUAUCCCAACCUUCACGUCUUGACCGAGAAGCAAGUCUUGAAGGUGAUCUUCGAAGGCAAGAAAGCCGUCGGGGUGGAAUAUCAAACGAACCCAAAGUAUAUGGCCAACCCUGAAUUCCUGGACGUUGGCUACACCUCUCCACGCAUUGUGAAAGCGUCGAAGAUGGUGAUCGUCUCGGCAGGUGCCAAUGCUACGCCUGGUAUCUUGGAGCGUUCCGGCGUGGGCAAUGCUGAGAUUCUGAAGAAGGUCGGCGUUGAUGUUGUUGAGGAUCUUCCAGGUGUAGGGGAGGAGUACCAAGAUCAUCAUCUAUCACUAUGGGCUUACCGCACCAACCUACACCCAAGGGAGUGCAUCAAUGGUUUCCAAGAUGGUCGCUUCAACAUCGAAGACGCUAUCAGGAUGAAUGAUGAGCUGCUCGGUACGAAUGCCAUGGACGGCCAGGGCAAAUUCCGACCAACCGAAGAAGAAGUUGAUGCCCUUGGACCAGAAUUCCGUAAAGCAUGGGACCGCGACUUCAAGAACGUUCCCGAUCGUCCUCUGAUGAUCAUGGCACUCUAUAACUGCUACUACGGCGACCAUUCCAUCCUUCCCGACGACGCCGAGUACGUCUCUCAAGCUAACUGGACCGGCUACCCAUUUUCCCGCGGCUCCACCCACAUCACCGGCAAGUCCAUGGCCGACGCACCAAACUUCGAGACUGGAUGGCUCAAAGACGAGGAUGACAAUGACGUGAAGAAGCACAUCUGGGCUUACAAGCUCUCCCGUGAAAUGUGGCGAAGAAUGCCCAUCUUCCGCGGAGAGUUGGCCAUCAACCAUCCUGAAUUCCCCGAGGGAAGCAAAGCCGCUGUUGUUGAGCGGGCCGAUGGUCCACUUACGGAUAUGAACGACAGGACUUCUCGGAUCCCAUACACUGCUGAGGAUGACAAGGCUAUCGAUAAGAAGGUCCGCGAUAUCCUGAGCACGACUUGGCAUUCUUUGGGAACCUGUAAGAUGGCUCCUAGGGAGAAGGGGGGUGUGGUGGAUCAUAAGUUGAAUGUUCAUGGAGUGGAGAACUUGAAGGUCGCAGAUUUAUCCAUCCCACCGGAGAACGUCGGUGCCAAUACCGGAGGAACCGCAUUUGUGAUUGGAGAGCGGGCUGCGGAUCUGUUUUUGCAGGAUCUGGGGUUGAAGAAGUAG